UUCUUGUAUAAAUUGGAGGAGCAGAUUCCUUUCUGACCUCAGAGACAAGUGCUGCUCCUUGUCCUUCCUCCCUACCAAGAGAUUUCCUGGGUCUUCCCCAAAGCCAAGAUGAAAGUCUUCUUCAGUCUGAUCCUCUUCUCUCUCGUGCUGGCUGCAUGUCAUGCAUGCUAUAUAGUUCCCUUUGAACUUAUGGCUAAAAAAGCUGAAAACAUGCCGCCAAGCACAUGUGUUGAUGUCUUCGAUGGGACAUUUCAUCUCAUUGGGUCCACUUGGAUUGCAGAGGAUUGUUAUAAGUGCGAGUGCAACAAUAAUGGAUUAGACUGCUGCCACAGAAAUUUUAGAGAAAUUCCAUUUUGCAAAGUAGUGGUAAAUAGCCAGACAUGUCAACCUGAAUACUAUAGACUCGAUGACCCAUCGCAGCGCUGUGAUGUCUGAUCUCUUCACGCGGACGAACCGGAAUAAACCUCUCAUGUGUAAAUGAACCAGAAUAAAUCUCUCAAAUCGCAUCUAAAA